AUGGCCCUCCGAGGCCUCCUCGGCCGCAUCCUGCCAUCGGCACCGGCUUUGUGCAGGACAUUCGCCACAACCGACGGCCCUUUCCUGUACCGCUUCAAGGCGAAACGCCUCAAGUGGAAGAAGCGGCAUUACAAUGAAGUCCUGGUCAUGGCUGAUCGACGCAAGCUCCUCGAGACCUUGCAGGAAGUGAUCGACGCACCCAGCAAGGACUUCCCCAAAGCAUUCUGGGAGGUUCUUUCCAAGAGGUGCCUGAAGUCCCUGCAUCUGCUCGAGCCCAUGGAGUUGGCCAUCGUGGCCCGGGCUUUCGACGUGCACGAGCCGAAGCUGCAUCGGAAUCUGGACGUCUUCCAGCCCUUGGCGGCUCAGGUGAGGAGCAGCACCGUCGUUCCGGGCAUGGCGGUGCUCGCCUUGACCGAGAUCCUCCCUCGCCGCCUUCAGGGCACAAAGGAAGAUGAGCUGGCCGAGAUCAUGAGGUUCUUUGCAAGGUGUGCAGCUGACUGCAUGUGGGAGAUACCUUUGGAAUCGGCGGUGGUCCUCCUGAAGGGACUGGCCGCAACAGGGGUGCGUGAUGCAGCCCUUUGCCGCCGUGUCUCCCAGAAGCUCCAAGCCCGCUUGCGUCACAGCUCGAGCCUGGGCCCGGGUUUGCUCGGCCGUGCCGCGACGGCCAUGGCGGAUCAAGACUUUCGAGACCUCGAGCUCUUUCGCAGCCUCGUGGAUGCUGCUGCACGUCAGCUUCAAGGUCAAGGGACCGAGCUGCGAGCAGAAGUGGAGACCUCGGCUCGUGCCGUGCUCGAAGGUGUGGCUUGGCUGCGCCUAGAGCUGCCCGAGGCCCAAGCACUGGACAAGGCUCUUCGCGAGGUCACGAAGAAGACGCUCUGGGUGCCGCCUUUCGGUGCCGUGGCGCUGAUCUUCGCCGCCGAGUCGAUUCUGGCGGCCAAGGAAGGUACGUUGUGGUGCCGCAAGAACAUCAUAGAUAGGUUGCGCGAGGCCUGUGCCGGUGUCAUGUCAGCCUGUGUCUGCACAGUCGUCGCUGCCCAACUGUUCGGCGACAACCCGACGGCGUUGCGCACCGUCGUCAUGUUCUGGGCUGGCUUCUCGAUGAUCUUGAACCCGAAAGCCGGCUUCUUUCCGCCGGCUGGGGCUCUCUGCGCCUUGUACGUGGAGAAGGCCCUCACAAACGGGGCACUGCCUGGUUUUGAAUAUGCUCUGUUUCCGUGCUCUACCGGUGUCGCACUUCUGCUUUUUCUGACACGGACGACCACCUUCCUGAUCUCGCGGCCAAUCUGGGCACUGCGUUCGUCCAGGCGCAAUCAAGCCCAGGAGCACAAAACUAUGUUUGCCGAAGCGUGA